AUGACUGUUACAAUUAGUUACAUCAUUGGGCGUAACGGACACGCUUCUCCAAAGAUAUUGCAGAGCUCUCAAUUCAAUGACUUUGCAUGCGUAUUUAAGUGGGGCAUUUAUCUGAGUUCCAAAAAAAUCGAUUUAUCUAAAACAAAAAAAUUGCACAAGUCCUUGGGACACAUUACCAAUUUUUUGGUUCAAUGUGUGGAAUUUGAUAGCUACAAACAUACUCACGCCUAUAGAUGCCAUCCACCGUCUAAUUCUCAUGCACAAAGUUUUGUCGUUAAUGUAUCUUUGGCAGCACUAGGAGAAUCAUAUUCCGACAUGACCCAGUUACAGAUAUCAGGGUUGUCCAUGAUCGUAUUAACGCAUUUCGACCACAAAAAAUUGAUGAUUGUUGGACAACAGCCGGCGUAA